AUGACAUCUAUGACAAUGAAGUCAUUUCAUGAUCGCAUUUUUUCAAUAGACAGUCGAGUUCUUGAUAGAAUUUGUAAAAGUAUUUUACCACAAAUAUCGCAUAAAAUAAGUGAAAUCAUUGUUGAACAACAUUCAAUGACUCCUGUUCUUAAUGCCAUCAAUUAUCCCGAACUUUAUUCAUUAAAACUUGUGGAUUUUUCAGAAGAAGUUCUUCUGAACGAAUUAACAACUAAAGAUAAUACGAUUUUUCGACAACUUCUCAAUCAACAAAUUACAUGUCUUUCAAUUGACAUCAAAGAUCAGCCAACAGAACCAUCUUCUGCAGCACUUUGGCUUAUACUGACUUCGACACUGUCAUUAUGUAAACAAUUGAAAGUUAAGUAUUGGUCAAUUCGAUUAUCGAACAACGAUCUGUACCUUUGA